GAAUCGAGGACCCUCAUUGUCAGUAUUAUUCGUCGAUAGAGUAGGUUGUGAGUUGCUGGUUGUUCAUUUUCGCGCUUUUUUUCUCCAUGUCUGUGUUGAUGGAUGGACUAUUUGGAUAAUUUGGGGCAAUACCGACGGUUGCACCACUCGCUUCUGAAUGGACUUUUGUUGUACAUGAGAUUAAGAAGAGGUUUGAUUGAUUCCCACUUAUCUGGCAUGAAGCCAUCAACGAGUAAAUGCGUGUCGAAAUAAUUGCCGAACGAAGAUGGCUGAAUUUUGUCCGCAUUCCAAUUGAUACGAUCGAUUCGCUUGAAUCCUUCGUCCGACACCUUGUACACGUAAUCCUGUGAAUUUUGGAUGAUCCACUGAGCUACGCGGAUGCUCACCAAUUUCUGAUCCAGGUACCAAUCCUCCGAGGCGAAUAUCACGCGAUUGUGGACUCGUUCACCAAAGAACUGCUGGAAAUAAUUCAGAAUACUUGCCGAGUCAUUUGCAAAAGACGAGUUGAUAUUGACGAUUUCUUUCCAGGUGGCUGCGCUAGCUCUUAUAUGACUCAUUGGCAGCAUUGGGUAGGAUUUUCCAUUGAAAGUGAAGGGCUCGCAACAUUGGCUGUGCACGAGAAUCAACGGCCGAUCGAUCCCAGGAGGAAAUUCCUUCAUAUUGGCCACAAAGAUCCUGGCCGUCUGGCUGAGCAUCAUUCGAUUUUCCACUUUGGCCGAGAUGAAGAUCACUGUAGCAUCCGGUUGUCUUUCCAGGUGAUCGAGGACGUAGGACAGAAUUGGGUGGACCCGCCACUCACUUUUCUCGCCGAUAAUCAAGACGAUGCUUUCGAAACCGAUCCUUUGCCACGCCAGAACAGUUAAUGGAAGACACAUCAAUUCGACUUGUAAUGAAGGCGCGGAUUUGAGAGGCCCCCAUCAAAAAGUGAUUGCUUAUUCCGUUUACGGCAAUUUGACUCAGCCGAAUGUAAAUCGGAGGUACUUGAAACCUCUGGUGGAAACAGCCAAAACGAUCCUCCGCGUUUACCCAGGAUGGAAUAUAAGGAUCUAUCACAAUUUAACGAGUCACGAUGAAUCCUGGCGACUUUUUCGAAAAACUUUUCAGGAAGCCGGAAGCCACAUCGAUUUGUGCAAUGCGACGCACAUUAUCCAGGAUCACAAACUGGGGAAAAUAUUCUCCAUGACAUGGCGCUGGUUGCCUUUGCUGGAUGACUUGGUGGACACGUUCAUGUCGAGAGAUGCCGACAGUCCGAUAAUACCCCGGGAGGAAGAUGCCGUUCGUGAGUGGUUGUCUGGCGAUAGAAUCUUUCACGUUAUGAGAGAUCACCCCAAGCACUGCGUUUCAAUGCUAGGAGGUUUGUGGGGAGUCAAACUUGAUCACGAACGUUUCAAAAUCACCAAUGCGGCAAAGAGAAUGUUGAAGAAGAAUCAUUUGCACACCUACGAUUACGACCAGACUUUGCUCUCAAGACACAUUUGGCCUAUAGCCAGAACUAAUGUGGUGGCUCACGAUAGUUACUGCUGUCAAUACUUUCCUCCUGCCCGGCCAUUUCCGACACUCAGAAUAGGUGGCGGUUUCGUUGGAAUGGUGGGCGAUUUGCCAGCCAAUGACAAUUCCACAGCUGCUGAAUGUCCGCAGCAGUGUCGUCCGAAAAACGCGUCAUCUGAGUGGCGGUAUUGUUGAAAGUUUAACCGCGAUGGAUUCCGUGAAUGAACAGCUCUAUACA